AUGGCCGCGAAGGGGAAGUGCGGAAAUCCUCGCAAGCGCCCGAGUCCAGGUGUUCCCAUUCCUACUGGUACGAUUCUGGAAGGUUGCUCAUACGUAUCAAAGGUUGGUCGUUGGCGUUUAGGGAAGAACAUAGGAGUUGGCGGCUUCGGUGUAAUUUUUACCGCUUCAGCCGAAUGUGGGAAGGACGUCUCGUCUGGUGCCGAAUAUGUGGCGAAGAUCGAACCGUUUGACAAUGGCCCACUAUUCACCGAAUUCCAUGCGAUGCAGCGAAUGGCCCGCCCUGAAUUCAUCUCAGAAUGGAAGCAACGCAACAAAUUAUCAUUUCUUGGCCUUCCCCAGUUGGUUGGAUUUGGAAAUAUUGUUUACAACUCUGUGAAAUAUCGAUUUGUGAUCAUGGACCGGUACGGCGAGGAUAUCCACAAGCUGUUUGAAGAUAGUGGUCGACGUUUACCCACGGCCACCAUUUGUAAAAUAGGCCUCAAAGUGGUGGAUAUUCUAGAAUAUAUUCAUAGCAAGGGUUACACGCACAAUGAUAUUAAAGGAGCUAAUUUGUUGAUCGGUUACGGAGGAAAGAAGAAAGAUGCAAUCUUUCUGAUAGAUUUUGGGCUCGCCCGGAAUUACCUGAUUGGAGGGAAGCACAUGGAAUACAAGCAUGAUCGACGGUUUGCCCACAACGGAACUCGUGAAUACACUUGUCGCGAUGCACACAUGGGUGUAACUUCUCGUCGCGGAGAUCUCGAAACUUUGGGAUACUGUAUGGCUUUGUGGGAGAUUGGAACUCUUCCUUGGGAAUCGGAGUCAGACGAUAACAAAGUUCAUACGGAGAAGAACAACGCCUUCAAAAACACUACAGCCUUUUUGCAAAAAGCUUUCUCCUCUUUGGAUAAAAAGCGUACCCCUCCCAAGUUUCUGUUGGAGUUCUUCAAGUACGUUGGAGGACUCAAAUUCGACGAAACUCCGGAUUAUGACAAAUUUCGGAGCAUUUUGUUCGCUGGUCUGAAGGAGUGCGGUGGGGCCGACGAUGGAAAGCUGAAUUUCCCGCAUAAUUCUGUGAAAAUGCAACCUGGGAAACAACGCCGUCGAGCGUCCAAUGAAGAAAACAUUGAAGCCGACUCCCCGAAACCGUCAGACAAAGGAAAGAAAAAGAGUCGUCGUAGUAUCUCAAGUUCUCCUAGACCGCCACUAAGGAACAAACAGCGUUUUCCCAGUCCCGAAAAGUCCUGCGUGUCAUCCAAAUCCACGGAAUCGUCUGCCCACGACGUGGGCUUGAUGUUUCCUGCUCAAGCGAUGAAUUUGAUGGCAAAGUAUCCGGCAUUGAAGGACAAAUUGAAGAAUAGGGCUUUAAAUGGAGGAAGGAGAGACUCUUCGGAGUUCCGCCGUGAGUCGGAGAUCCUAGAGAAGCGCAUCAAAGCCGGAACUGUGAGCCACGUUCAGAGAGAAUCCGGCAAAGACAGCAAUACCAUUGCCGGAGUCAAGCCGUCACCGAUGAGGGGAAGAAGACGCCUUGCGAGAAAUGAAACCAGUGAUGACGAGGAGCUUAGCGAGCACGACGAGCGGUUGCGUGAGCUGGGACCACCCACCUCGCACAUGGUGGCGGUGAUGCAGAAAACGAGUGAAAGCAACACUUCCAGCGGACGUUCGGGCAGCAAGAAGCGGUCCGGCAAGGCCGCCUCCAAAAUCGACUUGGCCGUUUGCAGCUCGAUCCCCACACCGGCCAUGUUGCAAUACAUGCAGUCGAGGCCGGAUCACCCCUGGGGGUAUUCGUCUGUAGCCAACGGGGUUCCGGCCGUCGUGCCUGCGAAACCCCAGUCUUCGCCCGGGAUACGUUCUUCCGCGAGGCUCCGUGCGAAGAAAUGAAACUUUUUUUUUUACUAUUCUGAGGGGCAGAAAACGUUCCGUUCUUGUUUUUGCUUGCCUGGAGACCUUGAUUUCACGAAUGCCGUCGAUUCUCCAUUUUUUUCGUGUUUGUAUUGCGAGAGUUUGAUUAGGCCUAAUGCUCCUUGAAAUAUGGUAGUGAAAGUAUCCUGGAAAAUUCUUGUGUUCAUAUCCUGCUUCUGUGACUUUAAUUCAGUGUUUUUCAGCCCAUUUGGAUCUGAAGUCAUUAAAAAUUGAGUUAAAUUUUUCGAAGUUUGGCUAAUGUUUUUCUUUUUUUCGAGUCUUGACCUCAAGUUGGACCAUAUUGAUUCAACUUUCCCCCGUCCGGAUAUUCAUCAAGUUAUUAAUUGAUCUUGAAUUUCGUCGACAGUAUCCCCCAAUAUCCGCCAUUUUUGCGAUCUUGCGUUAGAAACUUACAUACGUAUACCGUUAUGUAUUUUGCUUCGAGCUUCAGUUUCCAUACGGAAUAAUGCAACACUUCGCAGAACAGCCUUGACAUCUUUGAAAACGAACUACGAUCUUUUUAAUUGUUCCGUUACAUUUUGUGAAAGCGACUCGCACUGUUCUUUCUGAUUAAAUGAAACGGAAAUUUAUUUUGCGCAUGAAGAACGAGAGUCCGUUUAAGGUGGAUCACCAGAGGCGUUUUCAUUCCAUCGCUGCGAGGGCCUCCGCAAACUCUUAUACAGAUCUGGCUUUCUUCGGUACGAUUUAUUUUCCGAAAACGGCGAAAUGUUCAACGUUGGAACAAGGAUAUUUUUCAAAACGGCUGCGUUAUAGGCGAAAAGAUUUUGAUGAAAUCGUCCCGAGAAGUGAAGCGGCGAACGGAUUGGCGUUUAGGCACGGCAUGACGUCCCCUGUGGUGUGUGGGUUCGGUAUUUGCAAACCGAAGAUGUACGCUUCGUGAUUUCUGAGGUAAGAGUGAGGAAUUACUGUCGGUGCGUUGCAUUUUUUUUAGAGCUCUGACGAAUGUUGUAACAAGCGCGUGUAAAAUUUCGUCGAAAUCUUCUUCUAUGCUCGGAAGUCCUCGGCUGUUCAGUCCCUGAGUUUCUACAGUGCGACACUCAUAUUUUGUAUCUUUUACUACUAGUUCUGACGUAGUUUUCCGGGGGCGGAUGAGUACGAGGGGAGAAAUGAUCGAGUCUUCUUCUCAUGUGUUCUGGGUUUGGACAACAACAAAUUCUAAUUGCCAGGGUCCCCGAGCCCGUUUCUAGUGGUUUCGUUUCCAUGUUCAUUUUUUUUCUUUGGACGAUAUGUUCUCGUGAUGUUCUUCCGCGAGAUGCAAUGUGAAUUACACCUUCCCGAGUUGAGCGUA